AUGACUCGCUUUUUCACCGAUCUGAGGCUACAGAUCUCAGUGGGCGCCUUCCUGCUCAGCUCUCUGUUGCUCACGCUCUCUUAUGACACCACCUUUGCUUUCGACCAUCCUAUCCAUUCGAUUGUUCUAUCAUGCUUCAUCACAGGUUUAAGUCUUGUCGCCUUCUCCUGCCUUCUCAACCGUGCGCCGAAGCCCGAUGGCGACUCGCAGCAGAAAUAUACCCUUUUGUCCCUCUCAGACCGUUCUGAAACUGCGAUAAGCGAACCCCCUCCGGCUCGAUUUGGAACAAAUCGCGCAAAGACGAGGAAUGUAAAGCGAGUCAAGCUCGCCGUGCUGUACUUGAUAUGUUGCAUCAGGGUGGGGAUAUAUCGCGAAUUGACCAUCAAAGUGGAAUGCGCCCCAAAGGGCUAUGCGUAUGCGAUUCCUCUCCUCGUCUCACUGUAUGAGUGUUGGUACAACAGUCAAAGCUGCCAGCCGGUCAAUCAUGACGACGACCAAGAUGGGGCCGAGCCCUCGGAUAGUGAGCAUGGCGCGGCUCGACUUUACGAGAGAAUCGGCUAUUUUGUGCUCCAGGGCCGGCUGCGCUUCGUAAUUGCGGCAGGUCUUCUGUCAUUCAGCGGUUUCUUGGCCUCCUCCUUUUACAAUGGCUCUCAGUCCACCUUCAUUUGCCCAACCUUUUCGAGUCAAGCAGCACACCUGAGAACGCUCAAAGUACUCGCUACUAUUCUCGACACUGUGAUACUAAUUGGCGCCGCUGAGUUAUCACGGACUGCUACCCGGUCCCCAGACGCAAGCAGAAAACAGACUAUGACUCGAUGGGGCCACGGUUGUCUUGUAGUUGCCAUGGCUUGGGGAGUAAUCGGACUCAUCCUCCGCAAUCAUUCGCUCUAUGGACAGGGAUUCUUCGUCAACGAUACUUCUUACUAUCGCAGUGCUGUUGGGCAGGCAGUCCUAUUAUCGAUACUUGUUGUAUCCGCCUCCCAACUAAUGCCACAUUUUGGUCUAGUUGGGAUGGUGAUACUGGCUGGUUUCAUUGGAAUCUUCUUUCCAGCCUUGUUGACUAUAAUCAACAACCAGCAGCCUUUUCCAUUCAUAUCGCCCACCAGCACAGCCCUCUCAUUUGUUGCUGCUACACUCGGGCUGUUUUUAUAUCUGACGGCCAGAGAGGUUUUUGAAGAAGAGCCAGAAUCUUUAUUAAUGGUCAAUAAGCUGAUCCGAUGCUCAUUGGGGCUGCUUCUAUUUGUCGGACUAGUAUUUGCUAUACAACAUCCCAGCGUAGCCUACCUGCAUUCCAUUGAUCUGCUCAUCUACGAAGGCAGGCUUCGACACGAUCUGUGGCUCUCUCAAGCCAGAGGUAGCACCAACCUUGAAGAAGCUGUUUUGGAGUACCGGCGGCGAUACAAUCAACACCCUCCCCCAGGAUUCGACAAAUGGUACGACUAUGCCACAUCCCGGUCUUCUGUCGUGAUUGACGACUUUGAUCAAAUCUAUCGCGACAUUCUUCCAUUCCGAGCUCUCAGCCCGGCACGAUUGAGGGAACUCACCCACCAGCUUGUCACAAAUCCGCUCAACAGCAUUGGUGCAAUCAGCAUCCGAGAUGGGAAACCUCGGGUCCAGGAAGGCAUUAUGCCGACACAUAAGUGGAUGGUGUCGGGGGCAGCAGAGAUGAUUGAGAAGUUCUCAGAACACCUUCCGGAUAUGGACCUGGCAUUCAACCUAGAUGAUGAGCCGCGAAUCGCUGUUCCGUGGGAGACGAUCUCAAAAUUAAGAAACGACGGAAUCCCCCGUGGCGAUCUUCCUCCGGAUGAGAGUCUACUGAACGGAUGGCCCGCAGGCAGAGGGGAAGGUUGGGCUCCAAUUGAACCAGCUAACCAGACCACCGAUACCGUAUUUAUAGACGACAGGUUCAAUGGCGCAUAUGACCGCUACGUGAGUGCGGUCUGUCCUCCUUCAUCCAAGGCUCGCUCCCAGCGAUUCUGGGAUCGUCAUCAACUAUGCUUGGAUUGUUUGCAUCCCCAUUCCAUGGGCCAGUUUCCUACUGAAUGGCAUCUGGCGCUUGAUACAUGCCACCAACCGGACCUGGUGACGCUUCAUGGCUUCAUGCUCUCACCAACCACACUGAAGGUGAGCCAGGAGUUGGUUCCUCUCUUCAGUCAGAGCAGUAUAUCUGGGUUCAGUGACAUUGUGUACCCAAGUCCAUGGAACUACAUCGACAAAAUCCAGUACGCGCCUUCAGAAGAAUACCCGGAGUUGGACUACGGCGCCAAACAGAACAGUCUUUUCUGGAUUGGCACCACCACCGAGGGUCUCAGUUCUCAAGGGCAGUGGAAGGGGAUGGCGCGUCAGCGCUUCGUCCACCACGUGAACAACAAUUCGCUGAACGCCGUCUCUGUGCUCCUUCGCUCGAAUAAUCGGUCAGACACGUAUUCCUACCAGAUAAUGGAUGGCUUGGCUCCGGUCGACCAGCUAGGACUCACCACCUCUGUUCACUUGGUAGACCUGGUGCGGUGUCACGACUGCGAAAGUGAAGAAAAACAGUUUAGCCUCGCACCACCGGUUGACUUCCAGCAGCAUUGGAAUCACCGCUAUUUGUUCGACAUGGAUGGAGCAGGUUUCAGCGGACGGUUUCUCCCCUUCCUGCAAAGUAACAGCCUUCCCUUCAGGACUGGCGUCUUCCGCCAAUGGCUGGAUUCUCGGGUCACUGCCUGGCUUCAUUUUGUCCCUAUCGAUCUCCGCUUCCAUGGCUUGUGGAGCACACUGGCCUAUUUUGCCGGCACGAACAUCACCAAGGCCGGUAAACCCCUAGUGCUGAUGGAACCGCACGAUCUCCAGGGAAAAUGGAUUGCUGAUCAAGGCCGGGAAUGGGCCGAGGCUACCUUGCGCAAAGAGGACAUGGAGAUCUAUUUCUUCCGUCUGCUUCUUGAAUGGGCUCGCCUGACCGAUGACCGGCGUGACAUCCUUGGAUUCAAACUGGAAUGA